UAUUAUAUAUCAUAUCAUAAAUAAUCCACAUAAUAUAUAUUGGAAAACGCAAAAAGAGUUAUUGCGUGAGUGUGAACUAAAUACUACUUCGUCUGCACCUAAGUGUCUUAGGAAGCCCUAGAAAUCGACCUGCGUCACUGCAUAACGAUCCAGUAUAUAAAUCCUCGACCCAUUUCUAGUUUUCAGUCUUUUAUUGUAAAGCAAGAGAAGGAGAACGAAAACGAGAGUGAGAGCGAGAGGAGAAGCGAGAGAGAGAGAGAGAGAGAGAGAGAGAGAGAAAAGAAAGAAUAUUUUCAACAUGGUGGCGAAUUUCAAGGUUUACAAAAAAUGUUCACCAAACGGCAAGCUUGCCAUUUACCUGGGUAAACGCGAUUUUAUAGAUUAUCUAUCGGGUACUGAGCCAAUCGAUGGAAUAAUCUUGAUCAGUCAAGACUAUGUGGACAGUGGUAAAAAAAUAUGGUGUCAAUUGAUAUACAGCUUCAGAUACGGUCGCGAAGAAGACGAAGUCAUGGGCCUCAAUUUUCGAAAAGAUCUCUAUCUUGCAUCGAAGCAAAUCUUUCCACAGGUUAAAAACCCUGAGUUUAAUCCUACCAAACUGCAGGACAGAUUACUCAAGAAAAUGGGGUCAAACGCGAUACCUUUCAUCUUCACGUUUCCACAAUACACACCUUCUAGUGUGACUCUUCAGCUUGAUUCCGAUGAAUCUGGUAAACCAUGCGGUGUCAGCUACUAUAUAAAAGUAUACUGCAAUGAAACAGAGACCGAUGUAACUCAUAAGCGAAGCACUAUCCUAAUAGGCAUCCGAAAAAUCCAGUAUGCGCCAACGAAACAGGGUCGACAACCUUGUACUGUGGUGCGGAAGGACUUUUUGUUAAGUCCUGGUGAACUUGAGCUUGAGGUAACAUUGGACAAACAGCUGUAUCAUCAUGGUGAAACAAUUGCCAUUAACGUAUGCAUACGUAAUAACAGCAACAAAGUCGUGAAGAAGAUCAAGGCAUUGAUACAACAAGGCAUCGAUGUAGUCAUUUUUCAGAACGGUCAGUUCAGAACGGUAAUAGAUGCUGUGGAGACGUCAGAUGGCUGUCCUGUCAAUCCUGGUUCGAAUCUACAGAAAGUGCUUUACCUAAAACCUGAUCUGACAAACAACAAGCAUCGCCGUGGCAUCGCUUUAAAUGACAUGAUGAAGCGGGAAGAAAGUGAGCUCGCAUCCAGUACUCUGCUUACUUCACCGGAUGUACGCGAUUCCUUCGGCAUCAUCGUGUCUUACAACAUCAAAGUUAAAUUGUAUUUAGGCGCUUUGGGCGGCGAGCUGUCGGCCGAACUGCCGUUUAUCCUGAUGAGACCUAAGCCGUUUGAUCGGGUUAAGUUCGUCUCUAUGGAUAGCGUAGUCGAACAAAAAGUCAAUUUUUAAAUUAAUGUUUCGAUUCAAUGUGAACUUUUGUUGAGUCAUAACUUUGUUGGUUAAGGCAAAAUUGGUACGAUCAUUUUUUUAGAAACUUUUAAUAAAAGUCCAAAA